AGGAAGCAAGUUUAUUAUUACUCAAUAAACAUUGGUGGAUCCUGAUGACAUUCUCUCAGUCAGCUUUAGCAGUCUUACGAGACUGCAGAGGAUGGAGAACCCAAGGUUAGAGCCAGAUUUCUUCUCUACCCAGUUCCUCGGGGCCAAAACCCUGACACCAUGCUUAACUCCUCUUUUAUACGCCAUAGUCCGUCAGCAAACCUUGUCUUCAGUAUGCGUCCAGGAGUCCGACCAUUCCUGCCACCUCCACCGUAUUACUUUCAUCCAGACUGCCAUCAGCUGUCACCUAGAUUAUUGCAAAAGCCUCCUUGCUGGCUUUGGGGCUUCCAUCCUCUCUCUCUCGCCAACCCCCAGUCAACUCCCAACAGGCAGCAAAGCUUAGGUUACUUCUCAGUUCAAAACCCUUCUAGGUGUGCUAGAAUUAACUGAUUUAUUUACUCAAUGAUUAUUUAUUAUUGAGUGUCUACUAUGUGCCAGGUACUGUUGUAGGCAUUGCAGAUAAAAUGGAGAACAAAACAGACAAAAAUUUCUGCAUUCAUGAAGCUUCCGUUCUCAUGGAGGGAGAUGGGUAACAAACAAGUGUAUGAGUAAAACAUAUGGUAGGUUAGGUGUCAUGUGGAAAAAUAGUUUAGAAGGUGGGGGGCCUUGGAUUUUAAGUAGGGUGGUCAAGGAGGUCUAACACACAAGAUAAGGGUUAAAUAAAAGGCCAAACGCAGGAGAGGUGGGAGCCAAAGAGCUACCCAGAAGAAGAGCAUUCUAGAUAAAGGCUCAGUAAGUGCAACGGUGGAAGUAUUCCUGGUGAGUCUGGGACAAUAAUGGAAAGUCAAAGUGUGUGGGAGGGGAGAUAUAGAGCCCCAUGCCCCCCUCCCACACACUUCAGAGGGGAAAAGGGGGCAGGAUUGAGUCCUGUACAUUCCCCAAGUUUUUUUUUCCUCUGGAGAUUGGAAGCCAUUGGAGGGUCUAAGCAGAGGAGUGAUGAGUUUAGGGAUCACUCCAGCUGCUGUGUGGAAGUCCGUAAGGAACAGGGGUGAGUCAGAGACCCUGAAUGGAGCCGUUGCAAUUAUCCAGAUGAGAUAGAGUGCCUUGGAUCAGGAAGGGAGGUAGCAACAGAAGCGGCCAAUAAAGUUCAAAGUCCUCAGCCCCAGUCCUCCCGAUGGGGGUCUCACCUACCCCUCUCACCUCACCUAGUUCCUCCCUGCAUCCCCACCCCACCGGUCACUGCUAGGCACAUAGAAGCAUCUACUAAGCAUGUGGUGAAUCAAUGAACUGCUUAAUGAAUGGUCCACCCCUAGAUCAUCAGCAUCCAUUUUAACGCUAGGCAUAUAGUCUGAACUCAACACAUGUUUACAGAUGGAAUGCUGCACAGUCCUGCCAAGUCCAGGCGGUUAUUCCUCUCCACAGCCGAAGGAAACUAAGGCUCGGGUUGGGGAAGUGUCCCCCUGGGGUCUCUCCGCUUAGGCUGCAGGCUGGGCAUCCUUUUUCAAACUCUUUUAGCACAGCGAAGUCGAGGGCACUGGGUGGAGGGUGCUUGCUUGCCCUCAGGGUGAGUCACAGUGACCUCAGAGGAGUUUCCCCAAAACGUCCCCGCCCUGUGAUCGGGAAAAGCCGGAAUCUCUCGGUCCCAGGUGGUCAUGUGGCCCAGGCCGGACAAGCGUCCCGAAAGCCCCGGGAGAGACUAAGAAGCAAUCCUCCCACGCGCUUUCUCCCACCCUCGGGCCACGGAGACGGAGGGACAGAGGGCCGCCCUCGCGCGGCCGAGGCCCCGCCUCCCGCUCGCCCGCCCGCGCCUCCAGCGGAAGCCGGAAGCAAAAGCGGGUCCUGCUAGCCCCGCGGCUCCGAACUCGGUGGUCCUGGAAGCUCCGCAGGAUGGGGGAGAAGAUGGCGGAAGAGGAGAGGUUCCCCAAUACAACUCAUGAGGGUUUCAAUGUCACCCUCCACACCACCCUGGUUGUCACGACGAAACUGGUGCUCCCGACCCCUGGCAAGCCCAUCCUCCCCGUGCAGACAGGGGAGCAGGCCCAGCAAGAGGAGCAGUCCAGCGGCAUGACCAUUUUCUUCAGCCUCCUUGUCCUAGCUAUCUGCAUCAUAUUGGUGCAUUUACUGAUCCGAUACAGAUUACAUUUCUUGCCAGAGAGUGUUGCUGUUGUUUCUUUAGGUAUUCUCAUGGGAGCAGUUAUAAAAAUUAUAGAGUUUAAAAAACUGGCGAAUUGGAAGGAAGAAGAAAUGUUUCGUCCAAACAUGUUUUUCCUCCUCCUGCUUCCCCCUAUUAUCUUUGAGUCUGGAUAUUCAUUACACAAGGGUAACUUCUUUCAAAAUAUUGGUUCCAUCACCCUGUUUGCUGUUUUUGGGACGGCAAUCUCCGCUUUUGUAGUAGGUGGAGGAAUUUAUUUUCUGGGUCAGGCUGAUGUAAUCUCUAAACUCAACAUGACAGACAGUUUUGCGUUUGGCUCCCUAAUAUCUGCUGUUGAUCCAGUGGCCACUAUUGCUAUUUUCAAUGCACUUCAUGUGGACCCCGUGCUCAACAUGCUGGUCUUUGGAGAAAGUAUUCUCAACGAUGCAGUCUCCAUUGUUCUGACCAACACAGCUGAAGGUUUAACAAGAAAAAAUAUGUCAGAUGUCAGUGGGUGGCAAACAUUUUUACAAGCCCUUGACUACUUCCUCAAAAUGUUCUUUGGCUCUGCAGCGCUCGGCACUCUCACUGGCUUAAUUUCUGCAUUAGUGCUGAAGCAUAUUGACUUGAGGAAAACGCCUUCCUUGGAGUUUGGCAUGAUGAUCAUUUUUGCUUAUCUGCCUUAUGGGCUUGCAGAAGGAAUCUCACUCUCAGGCAUCAUGGCCAUCCUGUUCUCAGGCAUCGUGAUGUCCCACUACACGCACCAUAACCUCUCCCCAGUCACCCAGAUCCUCAUGCAGCAGACCCUCCGCACUGUGGCCUUCUUAUGUGAAACAUGUGUGUUUGCAUUCCUUGGCCUGUCCAUUUUUAGUUUUCCUCACAAGUUUGAAAUUUCCUUUGUCAUCUGGUGCAUAGUGCUUGUACUAUUUGGCAGAGCGGUAAACAUUUUCCCUCUUUCCUACCUCCUGAAUUUCUUCCGGGAUCAUAAAAUCACACCGAAGAUGAUGUUCAUCAUGUGGUUUAGUGGCCUGCGGGGAGCCAUCCCCUAUGCCCUGAGCCUGCACCUGGACCUGGAGCCCAUGGAGAAGCGGCAGCUCAUCGGCACCACCACCAUCGUCAUCGUGCUCUUCACCAUCCUGCUGCUGGGUGGCAGCACCAUGCCCCUCAUUCGCCUCAUGGACAUCGAGGACGCCAAGGCACGCCGCAGGAACAAGAAGGACGUCAACCUCAGCAAGACUGAGAAGAUGGGCAACACUGUGGAGUCGGAGCACCUGUCGGAGCUCACGGAGGAGGAGUACGAGGCCCACUACAUCAGGCGGCAGGACCUUAAGGGCUUCGUGUGGCUGGACGCCAAGUACCUGAACCCCUUCUUCACUCGGAGGCUGACGCAGGAGGACCUGCACCACGGGCGCAUCCAGAUGAAAACUCUCACCAACAAGUGGUACGAGGAGGUACGCCAGGGCCCCUCCGGCUCCGAGGACGACGAGCAGGAGCUGCUCUGACGCCAGGUGCCAAGGCUUCAGGCGGGCAGGCCCAGGAUGGGCGUUUGCUGCGCACAGACACUCAGCAGGGGCCUCGCAGAGAUGCGUGCAUCCAGCAGCCCCUUCAAGACAUAAGAGGGUGGGGUGAGGUACUGGCUGCAGAGUCGCCUUAGUCCAGAACUUGACAGGCCUCUGGAGCCAGGCGACUUCUUGGGAAACUGUCAUCUCCCGACUCCUCCCUGAGCCAGCCUCCGCUCAGUGUGGCUCCUCAGCCCACAGAGGGGAGGGAGCAUGGGGCCAGGUGCCAGUCGUCUGUGAAGCUGGGGCGCCUACCCCCCCACCCGGGGGACCCCUGCGGCCCCCUGCCUAGAGGAGCACCAUCUACAGUUGUGCCAUUCCCCAGCCACUGCCUUCAUGCUGCCCCUGCCGGACUGGCAGAACCAGGGGUCAGCCACCUGCCUUUGAGUCAUCAAGAUGCCUCUGCAGCCACAAUUCUGACCUAAGUGGCAGGGCCCAGAAAUCCUGAAAACCUCCCGCUGCCUUUUGUGAUACUUCUGUGCUCCCUCAGAGAGAAACGGAGUGACUUUUGUCCUUUACCUGAUUGGCACUUCGCAGUCUGUCUCCCUGGGUAGCAGACGGCUGCUGCCCUUCUCUGGGCAUGUUCCGAAUGUUUACACUGGUACCUUCUGGUAUCUUCUUUAGAGCCCCCUGCAAGCUGCAACUCUAGGCUUUUAUCUUGCGGGGUCAGAGCACCCUCUAGAGGGAAAAGCUAGAGGCACAGGUUUCUGCCGGCCCACAACUGCUGUCUUGAUUUGCAUUUUACAGCAAAGUGCUGAGAGCCUCUAGUCGCCUCCUGCCAUCUGAUCUCCCUCCCCACCAUUCCCGUACUCGGUUGUUCUUUUGUCUAAUCGGAGGCCACUGUGCUGAGGCCCUGCAGUGUCUGCUCACUGCUGCCAUCUUCGCUGCUAAUCAGGGUUCCAUCCUCUUUCCCCUCUCCCAGUUCCCUACCACGUUGGAUCCCAUUCGUCACCCAUGCUAGGGUCCCCAAAGCACUGGGGCAGGGGCCAGAGCAGCAGCACCCAGUGCUCCCUCCUCUACUCUGACCUGGGGCCCCAGCAUCCUGGAGCACACACUCCACGCACACACACCCCAGCCCUGUCCCAGGGGCCUGGCCCCCUCAGCCAUCUCAGGGUGAGGAGCUGCCAGUCAUGUCCAGGUGGAAUGACUCCCAUCCUCUCCUCAUCUCCCCUUUGACGAGCCUCAAACUGCUCAGCUCGUCAAAGAGCCAUUGCCAACUUCCGUAUGUGGUUCUGGGUCCCAGGGAGCCUUGGAACCUGGCACCCUGGGGUGGUUUAAUUCAUCAUUAAGAAGCAUUCCUGCUUCUCAAGGGACACAGUGGCCUGCAUGGGCCAGCAUGGACCUUGGGCUGAUCAUGUGCAUUCCUGCUUCUCUGGGGACACAGUGGGCCCACAUGGGCCAGCAUGGACCCUGGGCUAGAGCAAGCACAUCUCCAUCUCUUCCACCUCAGGCAGUGUGGCUCCAGAUGUCAGGAGGGACUGACCUCAGGACCUUCCAGGUUCCUCUGUGCCAGGAAUGAGAGGCCAGGCCCGAUCCUACCACCUUGCCUUGACCCUGAAGUCAGAGCAGGCCAGCCGAGCAGGAAGCACACUGUUUACUUUUUGCAUGAAAAGUAAAUGUGUACUUGAUAGAGCUAAAAUAUGAUCUUUUUUAAUUCCUCAACCCCAUAAUUUGAGCCAUUGCCUUGCUGAAUUUUGGUCUCCACCAUUUCCUUUUAGUGGAGAAGAGAGGAAGUCAGAGGGUGGGGACCUUUGCCUGCCCCUGGGCGAGUGGGGGCAGGGAUCUGAGACCAGAUUGUUCUCGCGCCCCUGCCAGAACUCACUCUCCCCUGAAGUUUAGGGUCCCAUCUCCCAGAUGUAAGUUGUUUUGCAAACUCAGUUUGCCAGGAUUUCUUUCUUUCCUAAUCUUAAAUUCACAGAUAAAGCAAUGAAAAGAGUCAGAUCCCAUUUCCGUCUGCCCCCUCGUCACCAGGUCUGAUAGCCCCAGCCACGUCACACCUGGCCUCACACUUUCAGCUGAGACUUGAAAACGAUGCUGUGGCGGAAGAGCAUGUGGGGCUUGGUGGAGGGGCCCCAGGAUUUGUUGGGGGCAAAGGGGGUGGCGGGACCGUUCCCAGGAAGUACCAGCACCUGCCUCGAUCUCCUGUGAGCCUCUUCUGCCCCGUCGGCCAGGUGAGGUCAGCAGCCUGGGAGAGUGCCCCCAAGAGAUGAGGGCACCCCGUGUUCCUUGGCAAUCUUGGCUCACCUUGGUAACAAAAGGCCAUAGAAGUCUGUUUUUCUGGGUCAAUUUUUUUUGCCUGAGAAUAACAAAUUGCUGCUGUCUACCUUUAGCACACCCAAUAAUUCUAUUUGGGGCAGUGAAUGCAUAGAAGAUAUAAAAAUACGCAGCUUAACUAUA